UGACACAACGUGGUCCUUUAACUGUGGCGGUGAUGACAGAGGCACCAGCACUGCCACCACCAGCCCGCUCAGACGCACCAGUGGGCUCGGCCUGGCACAAGAUGUGGCUGUUCAUUGCAAUCCUGCUUUUCGUACAAGCACCCACGAGCUCCGAAAGUGCCGCCGAGCAGAAAAAGGCUCUAAACCCCGAGACUCUCAUGAACGUUAGCCAAAUCGUCUGCCACAGAGGGUACCCCAGCGAGGAGUAUGAAGUUCUGACUCGUGAUGGCUACUACAUCCGCCUGAACAGAAUUCCUCACGGAAGAGAAAAGCCUAACAGCAGAGGGGCCAAGCCAGUCGUGUUUCUCCAGCACGGGAUAUUUGGAGAAGGCAGCCACUGGGUGGAAAAUCUGGCUAACAACAGCCUUGGCUUCAUACUAGCAGACUCUGGCUAUGACGUGUGGCUGGGAAACAGCCGGGGCACGAGCUGGUCCCGCAGACACCAGCACCUUUCAGCUGACCAGGUGGAAUUCUGGGAUUUCAGCUUCCAUGAGAUGGCGAUGUACGACCUGCCGGCCGCCAUCGACUUCGUGCUGCAGAAAACGGGGCAGAAGCAGCUCCACUACGUUGGCUACUCCCAGGGCUGCACGAUCGCCUUUAUUGCGUUUUCAUCCAUGCCCGAACUGGCUCAGAAAGUCAAAAUGUUUUUUGCCCUGGCUCCAGUAGUGACAGCCAAGCACGCCAGAAGUCCCCUCAUGAAGCUGCUCUUCCUCCUGGACAAAAAUCUCAAGAUGAUUCCGCUGCUGCUCGGCAGAACGGACGCGUCCCUGCACAUGCGGAAGCUGUGGCGGUUCCUCCCGGAGCUGUGCAGGCACACGCUGCUGCACAGGCCCUGUGCCAACCUCCUCUUCCUGCUGGGCGGCCACGACGAGAAGAACCUCAACAUGACACGGCUGGACGUGUACACAUCCCACUAUCCCGACAGCACCUCUGUCAAAAACGUCAUCCACUGGGCCCAGGUGGUGAAAUCAGGAGAGUUCAAAGCCUUCGACUACGGCAGCGAGAACCCAGCCGUGUACCAGCAGGACACCCCGCCCCUGUACCGCGUGGAGGAGAUGCCGGUGCCCACGGCGGUGUGGUCGGGAGGGGAGGACUGGGCAGCCGACUGGAGAGAUGUGCGCCUGCUGCUGCCCCGCAUCGCCCACCUCAUCACCUACACCCACAUCCCCGACUGGAACCACUGGGACUUUGUCUGGGGCCUGGAUGCCCCCGGGCGCCUCUACAGCAGCAUCCUGAGGCUGAUGGAGGGGUCCUGGUAGAGUGGCGGCUCCCGGGGAGGGGCCGGUGGCCUGGGCCCUGUCCCUCGGCUGAGACAGCCCGAGGAGGGGGUGGGACGCUCCCUGCUGUCCCCUCCUUCCUGCUGGCCUGACACGCUUGUGGUGAUGGUGCUUCCCACGCAUCCCUUGGUUGUUGGGGUCUGUCCUCCCUGCUUGGGAGCUGCUCAGGGACCGGUGGCACCGUGCCAGGAGGGCAGCACCGGGGUCAGCCAAGGCACCAGGGCAGGCAGGAGCCACCGGUCCUGCUGGAAGGGCCCCGAGGUGAUGGUGCUGACCCUGAGCUGUGCCGGGGGGACAUGGGGACCCUGCCGUGACCCCACAGUGGCUGCCCAGUGGGUUGUGGAUUAGAGCACCCAGCCCCUGAGGAGGUGGGAGGGAGCUGGGCCUGUUGAGCCUGGCUGUGGGGGACAGGCUGACAGCAGCCCCCAGCCCUGGCACAGAAAGGGGUGGAGGGGAUGGAGGAGGCCAAACCUUUCUUGGCAGCAGCAACAGGUGAUGCAACGAGGGGUUCUGGCCCCAAACUGCAGCCCAGGGGCAUUCAGGCUGGAUUUGGAGAAUCCUUUUUCCCCAAGACAAGUCCCUAGGGAAGUGCAAGGUCUCCAUCUGGGCCAAGCCAGGCACUUGCCUCCAUUGUUUGGGCUGGGACUCGGGGGCCAGAGGUGCCCAGGAAUGGCUGCUUGGCUCAGCAUUGGGUAUGACCAUCCCUCAUCCCCGGGAGAUGGUGACCCCAAAUGCCCUGGGCUGGGUUGCAGGGCCACCAUCCCCACCAGGAAGCUGCUGCCAGGCUGAUGUCCCAAGGCCGUGUGUUCCCACCCUGCUGCUUGCUGCAAACAUGGAGGUGGGGAAAAUCCCUCCAAAAUAAAACCCUCAAAGGCGGUUUCAGGAGCCUGUGCUCGACACCCCCAGCUCUUCCUUGCAUGUGAAUAUUUUCUGGGGAGCUGCCAGGGCCAGCAGGGACACGGUAACCCCAGAGGCAGCUGGCACAGCUGGGUGGCACAGUGGGUUCUCCGAGGGUCCCAGCUGGGAGCAUCCCAGUACAUCCCAGUACCCUACCCCACCCCUGGGCAGGCGGCCGGAACGCUUGCUGGCAAAAAAACCCACCAGAGAGC